AUGCGAUCCUUUGCCAUUCUCCUUACCCUCGUCACCGGGGCCAUUGCCGCCGUCAUCCCGACGAACACAACGGAUGGCGUCUAUGUUGUCACCGAGGACGAGUUUGGCAACGAGAUCCAUAAACGCAUCUCCAACCCUAUCCAUUCUGUUUCCGAGGCGCGAUCACUUCUGGCGGAGAGCGAGAAGCAGCUCUAUGGGCGCGACGACUGGCUGGCAAAUGAGAAUACUCCCGAAUAUUCAAAGUAUUGCGGCUGCGGUUUCACUCUGCCCACAGGAGACACUGACGCUGCCGUGGCGGAUAUCAAGAUUCAAAUGGGCUCCGGCAAAUGGUUCAAAAACAAGGCUGUGUAUGCAAUUCGGGGAAUAACGGUUGCGUUCGUUUGCAACAGAAGCGAUGAUAGGCAGGCCUGGGCAAGCUCUGGCCACAUUACCAAACUGCUGGCGAGGGUGUCAAAGGCUUGUGGAAGCUACGUGCCGGGCACUUGCCAUCAGAACCAGGGUAAUGAUGGGACAACGACGGCCAACAUUGGCUAUAUGAGGUGGUACUCGGGUCUCGACUUUUGUGACAAGGCUCAGGGCUCUGAUCAACAUGGCUGUUAG